UAACUACACUCAAUGUUUUAUAUCUAAUCGACAUUUGACCUAAGUAAUAAAUUAUUAGGUUAAUACGUAGCAGACGAUACUGAACCUACGUCAAGUUGUAUUUUAUCAGAUUUUGGUAUCUGUUAAAUUAGAAUCCGGAAGGUCCUUAUAAAUAAUAAUUUAUACUGUCUUCCUUUCUACGAAGUUAUCGAAACCUAUAGUUAACUCCAAAUACGAUUUAUAACAGCUUAACCAUUGACACCCGAGUCCCUGUUUAUCUAUACGCCUAUCCAUUUAAUAGUCCCGUCAGGUUAAUUAGUCAUAUCGUUUUCAUACCUACUUCCUAAUUGGUUACAAUUUAUAACAAAAGACGAGUCAACUUUGUCAUCACGGUCAAGAGGUCGACAAUACGCGAGCAAUUCCGCUUCUAUGUAUAAAACUUCUUGAAACAAACGUAUGUUUUAUGUCAUCCAAGAUAAGUUGGCCUGCCCUUCCGCCCGCGUGUUGAUAACCGGUUAUGGUCAACAGAGGUGUUAGGGGCAUUCGUGUUAGAUGUGUGGGGUCAUUAUAAAAUUGUAAUUUAUUUCCGAGAGUAACUGCAAAAAGAUGCUGUAGGCAGUCGGUCGUUGAAGGUUCUUCAGCACAGUUGUGUGGAUAUAAUGUGUAGUUUAUUUAUUUAUUAGAUGCAUUAGUGUUUAGUUACAUAAAGGAUUUACGGGAAACGCAGUGAUGAUUAUGUUUUUAUUCCAGUGGGUGUCAGAGGCGCUGGGCAUCCGCUGGGCGCCGCGGCACGUGCCGGGCUCCCGGCGCCUCCAAACCCUCGCGGCCGCCGGCUGGAUCGGCGUCGUGCUGUUCGGGGAACUAGUCUGCAUAUUCCUUUACUUCAAGCUGCUGUAUUCCUCGCUGUGGUGGCUCGCGCUGCUGUAUGCUGUUUGGAUGCUCAAUGACGUGCAGAUCUGUCAUAAGGGCGGGAGGAGGUUCGAGUGGGUCCGCAGCUGGUCGUGGUGGCAGUACUACCGCGACUACUUCCCUCUCAAGCUGGUCAAGUCCGACGACUGCGGGGACCUCGACCCAGAGAAGAACUACUUAUUCGCGUGUUUCCCGCACGGCGUCGUCUGCGCCGGGGCUUUUGGGGCCUUCGCUACUAACGCUUUAGGCUUCAGAGAGUUAUUCCCUGGGAUGAAGAGUUACAUGAUAACUUUAGGGGGUCACUUCGUGGUGCCGUUCUUCAGGGACUUCAUCAUGGCGUUGGGGGGCAAUGCGGCAUCGCGAGAGAGUCUUCUGGAGCUGCUGGACGGACGCCGGCGCCGCGGCUCGUGCGUGGCGCUGAUCGUGGGCGGCGCGGCCGAGGCGCUGGACGCUCAUCCCGGGGAGUACAAGAUACUGAUCUCGAGGAGGAAGGGGUUUAUUCGCGUCGCUAUGAAGGCUGGCGCGCCGCUCGUACCAGUCUUCUCCUUCGGCGAGCCGGACGUGUUCCGCCCCGUCUACAACCCGGACAAUAGCUUCCUGCGCAAGUUCCAGGAGAAGUUCCGUCAAGUCACGGGCAUCUCGCCCAUCCUGCCGCUCGGACGGGGAAUAUUCCAGUACAGCUUCGGGUUACUGCCGCUGAGGAAGUCCGUCACUACUGUCGUUGGUGCUCCUAUGGAGGUGGUGAGGAACGCGGAUCCCACUGAUGAGGAGGUGAAUGCUGUCCACGCAGAGUUCACCAAGAGACUGACGCAGCUGUUCGAAAACGAGAAAUCCAAAUAUCUGAAGAACCACCAAGAUAUACACCUCAUUUUAACAUAAGAACACUCAAGUGCGUAAAAGGUAAGAAAGUAAAUUCAAGUGAUUUUUA